GAUUAACAACAAUAAUAACGAGAGAAAAAAAACACAUCUCCUUUGGUUGUCAUGAACGAAACCUCCAGAAAAAGAUGAGAUUUUGUUCAAUUGAUUGAAAUUUUUUUCAAGAAAAAGAUUAGAGAAUAAAGAUGCUACGAAGAGCUGCGAGCAAUGCGUACUCCUGGUGGUGGGCAAGCCACGUUCGAACCAAACAAUCCAAAUGGCUUGAAGAAAACCUUCAAGAUAUCGAGGAGAAGGUGGAAUAUGCACUUAAGCUUUUGGAAGAUGAAGGUGAUUCAUUUGCUAAGCGUGCAGAAAUGUAUUACAAGAGAAGGCCUGAAUUGAUAAGUUUUGUAGAAGAAUCUUUCAAGGCUUAUCGUGCUUUAGCAGAGCGGUAUGAUCAUAUCUCUAAAGAGCUUCAAAACGCCAACACCACAAUUGCAUCUGUUUUUCCUGACCAAGUCCCUGAGUUUGCCAUGAACGAAGAUGACGACGAUGAUGCUCCUGUCUCACCUAGACACCAUAAAAAUAAGACAUCAAAUAAGAAUGUUCCAAAAGUUCCUGAUUUGCCCAUAAAAGACCCUGAGGCUGCCAAGAAGAUGUUCAUGUCAAGGAAAGCUAUUCAAGAACAGAAUGCCUCGUCCGUUGUUAACAAGUCCGGGCUGAGUAAAACCGAGGCGGUGGAAGAGAUUGACAAGUUGCAGAAAGAGAUUCUUGUUUUGCAAACUGAGAAAGAGUUUGUGAAGACUUCUUAUGAGAAUGGACUUGCAAAGUAUUGGGAGAUUGAGAAAUGUAUCAUGGAGAAACAAGGGAAAGUUUCUAGUUUGCAAGACGAGUUUGACGAAGGUGCUGUUGUUAUAGAAGAUAAAGAAGCUCAGAUAUUGAUGUCUACCACAGCUCUCAAAUCAUGCCAAGAGAAACUAGAAGAGCUGAGAGAUAAACAGGAACAAAAUGUGAAAGAAGUAGAUGUUUCAAGAAAACAAAUCAGUGAAUCAACAGAGGAAUUUGGUAAUCUUUCUGAUGCAUUGCUUGGUGAUGGGAAAGGAAACCAUGAGAUAUACAGCGAGAAAGAGAAGUUGGAGUCAUUAGGAGAAAAGGUAAAUGAUGAGUUUGAUGACUCUGAGGCUAAGUCAUGUCUUACUAUUCCAGACGUGGCUGAUAAAAUCGAUGAGCUUGUGAAUGAUGUGAUCAAUUUGGAGAAUUUGUUCUCAUCUCAAGCAGCUUUAAUACACAGACUAAGAGAAGAAAUCGAUGAUCUCAAAGCACAGAUUAGAGCUCUACAAAAAGAAAACAAUUCAUCUCAAACUGAUGACAAUAUGGACAUGGGAAAGAAGUUGAAAGAGAUGGAGGAAAAGGUGAAUGGUGUUAAAGAUAUAGACCAAGAAGUUGAAGAAAAGAGUGACAACAUUGAUAAACAUCUUACGAGAGCACAUAUGAAACUAAGUUUCUUAUCCAAGAGAUUAAAAAGCUUGACGCAAGAAGGGGAAGAUGAAGAAUUAAAGGCUACUAAUGUGCCAAUUCAAGAUAUAGGAUCUUUGACUGAUACAAAGUUUCCAGAGGAAAACAUUGAUGAUACCGUUGUGUCUGAAAAUGCUUUAGACAUUAAAUCAGCAUCUGAGGUGGUUUUUGCUGAAAAGGAUCUUUCCGAUGAAGUUAACCAAGAAGAGGCUAUUGAAACUAAAACAAAGGAAGCUUCGUUAUCUGAUUUAGAGAAACACAUCUCAUCACCAAAAUCAGACAUCAUAACAACACAAGAGUCAUCAGAUGAGUUAUUCUUGCAGAAGUUGCUCGCACAUGGGAUCGAAGGCAGAGAAAAACAUUUGUUAACUGAAUACACCAAAGUACUUCGGAACUAUAAAGAAGUGAAGAAGUUGCUACAUGAAACUGAAACUAAACUGAAAAAUGUAAACACCUUGAAAGAUGAAGGCAAGGAUCAACAACGGGGCCAAUUGUUCAUGCUAAUUUGCAGAGAAGAUAAUAACGCCACAAAUGCAAUAACUGGUCAAAAACAGAGGAUGUCACCAAAUGAAGAGCAAUUGGGAGCACGAGUUGAUGCAUUACUAAGCGAGAACUUGAACUUAUUGGUGAGGUUUAGCAACUCUUUUGGCAAAAUACAACAGUUUGACACAGGGAUCAAAGACUUACAUGGUGAGAUGUUGAAGAUCAUAAAACAAAAGAAUCAAGAUGGAGGAAAAAACACUCUGAGAUCAAAUGUUCGUCCCAUAUACAAACACCUCAGCGAGAUUCGCACCGAAAUGACUGUUUGGUUAGAGAAGAGUUUGCUUUUAAAAGAAGAAAUCAACAUCAGAGCUUCAACUUUGAGUGACAUACACAAUGAGAUAACAGAAGCUCUCAAAACAGAUUCUGAAGACUCUGAAAUAAAAUUUACAAUCUACCAAGGAGCCAAAUUCGAAGGCGAGGUUUCAAACAUGAAGAAGGAAAACAAUAGGAUUGCAGAAGAGUUGCAAACAGGUUUAGAUCAAGUUACAAAACUGAUGAAGGAUGCUGAUACAACACUCGAGAAACUAAGUGAGGAGUUUUCACUUUCUGAAUCAAACACACAGUCUUCGCAAGAUCGUUCUCGUAUUCCUUUGAGGUCAUUUAUCUUCGAUAGAAAACCGAAGAAGCAAAGACUAUCCCUUUUCUCUUGUAUUCAACCUUCAUUGUCUAAGAUGAAGAAGCCUGCUGGUUCAUAGAAAACUUUUACAUAUCUUUCCAUGUACUACUACUACAUAUCAAUUGUGUUAAUGGAUUUAAAUCUUUUCU